GUUCGGUUCAUGAUAAGAGAGGCUGUAGCUGCUGCAUAUGAACACAAACGGUACAAGUAUCAUGAAUACACAAAAUGAAGCAUCCAGCAUUAGUGGAGCUACAGUACGAAGCGUCAGGACUUCCUGGAAAUAUUAGAUAAGGAGAGAUCAACAGGAUCUGUUUGCAAUUUGCUUGUACCAAUCCUCUUAUCUCUUUAGAUGUAGUUUAUUGAAUUAGCGAGAAGAUCAUCAAUGCAGCAACAGGCUUGUAUUUUGUUCUCUUGUUACACGUAUCCCAGAAUAAAUCAAACCACAGACACUCUUGUCUGUCUACAGAUCUGUAUGUAUUUUAAGUAUAUUUUUGACAUUGUGGAUACUGUUUCAUGUUAUUUGAGUAGAUUUAAUGAGCUCUCAGGGGCUAUAAAAUAAUAAUAAAAGGCCUAAUUUUAACACAAAAUGUGUUUAAAUCAUAAUCAUCAAUGUUCAGUAGCACUGAAAACAUUACUUUUGAUAAUGUCAGGUGCAAUAGUACCUUUUAUUUCUUCUUAAUAUCAUUACAUACACUUUUCUAUUUAAUUUGGAUUGUAUUUUACUUAUGUUAUUUUUUUUUAUCAGCAGUCUGUUGUGUUUUGUGUGUUCUAUUUUGUUGUUUCUGUAUUUUUUAAAUUAUUAUUAUUAUUAUUUGUAUAUUCUGGCACAAUAGUUGCCUCCAGGAUCGAAAUAUUUACAUAUUGUUUUGUCUCUUAUCCUCAAAUGACUCGAGAAUACCCCCAAAACAAACCGCUUCUAAAGACACUUCUGGCUGCUGGCUCUCGCCGUCAGGAGCCCACAUGAUGUAGUAAAGCGUGCGUCCAGGCUGUGGCUCCCUUCUCCUCCUCGCUGAGCGCUGAGGCAGGAUCGUGUGCUCGCUGACAGCCAGCUCUGUUAUGUUGGAGUAAACACAAACUCCUCCUCUCCUCGGUGACAGGCGGCAACACCGGAGCGUCGCCUCGCCUUUUCCAAGACAAUCCGCGCUCGGGACUUCAACGCCGUCAGGCCGUCAAGGUGGUGAGCAGCGUCCCUGUGAGGCUUGCAGCGCUGCCCUACAAAACCUGCAUGGUGAGCUCCUUGAGGCGAAGCGCUGAGACCCAGAACCUGCCGCCACCGCCUGGAUCCAGGGAUCGUCUCUCCUCGCUGGGCUGUGAGAGUGGACCGCACUACCUUACUUCCAGCUUCUGUCCAAGUUCUUGGUGAGGGGUAACAAUGUGACUCCUGGACUCUGUCAGAACCAUGUGACCCGCUAUUAUGGAUCUGAGAAUCAGCAUACAUUGAAUCAACACUCAUCCAGUCACAAUGGUCCCACUUCUGUUUUUGGUGGCAACCACAACAACAUCCAAUUCCACCGGCAGUGGCAACCGUACAAAAGACGUUACCAUCCCCAGCCAACACAUCCUCCCCACCGUGCUGGUCCUGUCCCUGCUGCUGCUCAUCAUCGCACUGCUAGCCUGGUACUUCCUCAGGUUAAAAAACCAGAGAAAAGCAGUCGUCACAACAGUCGACAAGAAGAUACCAAAUGGCAUCCUGGAGGAACAAGAGUUCGGAUACAGUACUGAGUCGUUAUACACCAUUGUACCACCAGAGCAACAGACGGUGGUCCUUCUGCCCAGAUCCCCUUCGGCCUCCAAGACCUACUUCCCCAUCCCAGUGGACCACCUCGAGGAGGAGUACAGGCUCCGCUCAGCUGACGAUGGCAAGCUUUUCAGGGAGGAGUACAAUUCCUUGCCUGGGGGCAAUGCCCAAGGGACGUACGAGGAGGCCAGCAAGGACGACAACAAGGAGAAGAACAGAUACCCCAACAUCCUCCCCUAUGAUCAUUCCAGAGUGGUGUUGACUCAGCUGGAUGGAAAUCCCUGUUCGGACUAUGUGAACGCUUCUUACAUUGAUGGAUUCACGGAAAAGAACAAAUUCAUAGCAGCACAAGGUCCAAAAGAAGACACCACAGCAGAUUUCUGGAGGAUGAUAUGGGAGCAGAAAGUAGCGACUGUUGUCAUGCUGACGAACCUGAAAGAAAGAAAAGAAGACAAGUGUUACCAGUACUGGCCAGAUCAGGGCUGUUGGACCUAUGGGAAUGUGAGGGUGGUAGUGGAAGACUUCACUGUGCUCGUGGACUACACCAUACGCAAGUUCUGUAUACAAUAUCAAGCCAGCGAUGCUGCCAAGACUCCCCGCCCGGUCACCCAGCUCCACUUCACCAGCUGGCCUGACUUUGGAGUUCCUUUCUCCCCCAUCGGCAUGCUCAAAUUCCUCAAGAAGGUCAAAGUGGUCAAUCCACCCUUCGCUGGGCCUAUUGUGGUCCACUGCAGUGCUGGUGUCGGGAGAACGGGAACCUUCAUCGUAAUAGAUGCCAUGAUCGACAUGAUGCAUGCAGAGCAGAAGGUUGACGUGUUUGGGUUUGUCUCCAAGAUACGAGAGCAGCGCUCACAGCUCAUCCAGACAGAUAUGCAGUACUCAUUCAUCUACCAGGCCCUGCUCGAAUACUACCUCUACGGGGACACGGAGCUGGACGUGUCGUCUCUGGAAGGACAUCUGCACAAACUGCACAACACCUUCACAAACGGCGACCGGGUCGGCCUGGAGGAAGAGUUUAAGAAACUGACCAACAUGCGAAUAAUGAAGGAGAACAUGCGAACGGGGAACCUUCCUGCCAACAUGAAGAAGAACAGAGUUCUGCAAAUUAUUCCAUAUGACUUCAACAGAGUCAUUCUCUCCAUGAGACGAGGUCAGGAGUUCACAGAUUACAUCAACGCAUCUUUCAUAGAUGGCUACAGACAGAAGGACUACUUCAUUGCCACCCAGGGCCCUCUUCAACACACAGUGGAGGAUUUCUGGAGGAUGGUGUGGGAGUGGAAAUGUCACUCCAUUGUCAUGCUCACUGAGCUCCAGGAGAGGGAGCAGGACAAAUGUUGCCAGUACUGGCCCACAGAGGAAUCAGUCACCUAUGGAGAUUACACAGUGGAGCUGAAGGGAGACACUUUGUGUGACACCUUCAGUCUACGAGACUUGGUACUCACCUUUGUCCCGGAGAAGCAGACAAGGGUGAUCCGGCACUUCCACUUCCACGGCUGGCCGGAGGUCGGCAUCCCGGCCGAGGGGAAAGGCAUGAUCGACAUCAUCGCCUCGGUGCAGAGACAGCAGCAGCAGUCUGGGAACCAUCCCAUCGUCGUACACUGCAGUGCUGGUGCAGGGCGAACAGGUACGUUCAUUGCACUGAGCAAUAUCCUGGAGCGAGUCAAGGCAGAAGGCCUGCUGGACGUGUUCCAAACUGUGAAGAGUUUACGUAUGCAGAGGCCUCAUAUGGUCCAAACUGUGGAACAGUAUGACUUCUGCUACAGGGUGGUACAAGACUUUGUCGACAUUUUCUCAGACUAUGCCAAUUUUAAAUGACGAGAUUUGCCUUAAACAUGGUUUUUAAUGUUGUUUUCUAAAGCUGGUUUGUCAGUUUUAUGUGUUUCUUUAACUUGGUCAAACGAUCUAUUUUGCUAUGCACUUGUCCCGCCAUUAACUGAACUCCAUCCUCGCUGUAAUAUACUGUAUGUCAGUGGAUGAAAAUUGUACAUGAAAAAAGUAAGAUUAAUAAUGUAUAUUUCACAUCCUGUAUGAUAAUUAUUUUGUCAUGAAGUGUUGUUUCAAACCUGGUCUCUUAUUUCAGUUUUGUUGUAUAAUACUGUACUUUAAAUGUUUAUCUAAGUGUUAUUUUGGAUUGACCACGUAAUAUUUUUAAAAGUUGUAGUUAUUGUAAAUGUAUUUAUGUAUUGACGAUGACAUUCCUUUUUUUAGUUUGGCGAACACGAUGGGAAUGUUAACCUUUUUUUUUGUUUAAUACAAACAUACAGUCCAUUCUUUCAUUUAUCAACAACUUCUAUCUGAGAUUAGAGGCGGUAUUGCGACUAUUUCUCAUUGUCCUCAAGCUACAUGCCCAUCACAAAUGUGAUACUCUUUCCAAUGGAAAUACUGUCAGAAAAAGGACGAAUCACUUCAGCAAUAACAUGGAAAAUGUUAAGUUAUGCAACAGAGGCUGAGGUGACACCACUGGGGUCGAUUUCCAAUAAAGAUUCGGGCAGAAGUUUCACGGUGAGAUGUAUCAAGAGUCGUGAAAAAAGACCAUUAAAGGAUAAAUUCACCUAAAAACUAAAAUUCAUGCAUUAUCUACUCACCCACACAUGGAUGGAAAGUAAGUUAAAGUUUCGUAAUCCACAAAACAUAGAGCUUCACAGCAUUACAGCUUUGCCGCAUUCUCCUAAAGAACCUAAGUAGUUGGGGACUUGUGUUUAAAAAUGUAAAAAACAACCAGAAAACUACUACUUCAGUUGUUUUGGAGAAUGCUGCGACCAUUCACAUCAUUUAAACUGGCGACACUGGUGGACAAAAUCUUUAUAACUUUUUGAAAUGACCAGUUUUGUCCCCCAUUACUUUUUAAACACAUAAUUUGUUAAGAUGUGCUUAAAAAAUAGCUUGCACCAAAGAGGAAUUAUUUUAUAAAGAGUUUUGAUGAUCCAUUAUGCAUUAUCUACUCCGUCCUUAAAUGAUCGCCUCAUUACAUUGCCUAAAAUCGCAUGUUUUCAAGACAGUUUAAAAAGACAGUGUGAGUAGAUAAUGAAUUUUUGGGUGCACUUAUCCUUCAAAACUGGCUAUGUACCUCAAAAAAGUGGCAUGCAACUGCAUUUAACAUGGAUGUAACAUUACUACAGUCUGCCUUUUGUCUGUAGACGGCAAAAAGUAUUUUGCUAAAAAUGACUGCACAUUAAAAAGCACAUAUAACUAAGCCUUUUGCCAAGAACCUGCAAUACUCAAGAGUAUGUUUAUUGCUUUAUUUAUAUUCUAGAUUAGAGAAUUUUUCACAGAUCAGUGCCAUAUGUACAUUUUUAAGAUGUGGAAAAAGUAGAACAAGCAUAAGUUGAAGGCCAAGCAUUUAGAGGUAAUACUAAGAAAAGGUAGGUCAGUUGGAUUUCAUGACAAACUGUGUUAGUUAACACACAGGAAGGUAUUCAAAGUGUAACAUUAGAUGAGUCCUGUAAUGGCAAAUACCACAAUACACAAAUGUGGUGCUUCAGUGCCUGCUUAAUGCCAGAGCAACAAAAACAAAAACACCCCAUUCUAUCAGAUAUGUUUUAGAAUACAGACGUAUUCUUAGAUUUACAUCCAGAAUGUUUCAUAGAGAAGUAUCUCAUGGUAGUUCCAUUCGUAGGAAAGCAUCUGAAUGUGAAACAGCUUUUCUGUUUAUUUCUUCCGAGGCAGUAACACCCCCCCCCACCCACCCCAUCCAUCUGGUACUCCGACAUGAAACCAAACACUUUGAGUGAUCCGACCCAGCUCUGCUUUAAUCCCUCGAUGAGAUGUGUAAUUGUGUUGAUGCUGUAUGUAAAUACUACAUGACAAAGUGUUGUGAAAGUGGCUGGCCAGCAAAGGAACUGUGAAGUGCAUAUAUUUUGUGUGCUAUCUGUGGGAGAUGUGAGGUGCAGCACAAGAAGAGUCUUAACAAAACGACCCCGAGUCUAUAUCCCCCAUUGCUUCUUCUCGACGUCCUUUAGAGAAUAUCGAGGAGGGUCUAUAUAGACUGCAGCUCUUUGCCUUUGCUCUCUCUGUGGGUGGUCUGUCCCUUUUUGGAUUCUCAGUGUCUUUGAAAUGCAAGUUGCAAUAUUAAAUUCAUCUGAAAAAAUGA